AUGGUUGCCAACAGGCUCUACGCCCAAUAUUUCUACGAAUCCAAGCCCUCAAAUCUCUUUCAAUGCCGCUACUGCAGCAAUAUCAGAAAGCAAGCCCCGUCUAACGGUUACACUAACUUGGUGAGCCACCUCAAUGACAAGCAUCCUCAAUACCUCGACGAUUACGCCGAAUACGAGUGCCAGGGCGCUCAGCAGCUCGACGGUUUCGGCUUUGUAACCGACAAGCCAGCGAUCAUCUACAACUGGAUGACUUGGGUCAUUGCCAGAAACUUACCGCUCAGCGAGGUCGACAACGAGACCACGCGAUUCAUGUCGCGCUGGGACUCCAUCUCAUCACGGGCACUUAAAAAGUUCAUGGCCGAAGUGGAGCGUAUGACCGAGGAGGCCAUCGCCGCACAGAUGCUUGCCCGAAUAGGCCUUGUCUUUGAUGGGUGGACUAGCGGAACUACUUGCUACGUCGCUGUGUACGCUGUGUACGCUGUGUACGUCGUUGAUGGUAGUGUUUUCUACCCGCUACUUGCCCUGUCUCCACUGGUUGAAGAGACCGAUCUCGGCGCUGACUCUCAUUUUGAGUUAAUUGAUGAGAUUUUAGAAACAUAUCAAAAGUCAAGGACCAACAUUGUAUUCAUUGUUGGAGACAACUGCUCCACCAAUCAGGCAGUAGCUACCAGACUCGGCCGUGGGGACAUGCUCGAGGACGUCAAUACGCUGGUGGUGCAGCUUCGGACGAAGAAGAACAGCGCACACCUCCGCAAGCACACGGAACUGGCGGCUGUCAAGCGGAACACGACACGGUGGUCAUCCACGUUCAAGAUGGUGAAGCGCUAUCUUGAGAACAAGGCAGCUGUCAAGCAAGUGGAGAGCGUUGAGGACCUGGUGCCGGGAGCCCGUGCGCACCGCAAAAUUGAGAAGCUGUUUGAGCAGCUGCGAGCUCUGGAGUCGGUAAACAAGAAGCUGCAGUGCGAAGACACGUCGAAGGCCGACGUCCGCGUACUUUUCGACGGCGUCAUCCAGCUCCACCCAGUGAUGGAGAGCUAUUUGUCAAAAGAGGCACACAUUGUGCGCUCUCCUGACUUUGAGAAUGGUAUCGUCAAAAUAUAUUAUAUUCACCUUUUGGUAUAA